GCGAGCAGACACUCGCGCGCGCGACCGAGAGCACUUUGGCGCGUAACGCAUACCUUUAACACGCCACCGAGACGAGAUCCUCGGAAUCCCGGCACCGACGAAAGGUCCCCGUGAGACGCGUGACCUCCGGUCAUCAUCCUGCCGCGGCGGGAGGGUCGUCGCGCUCGUCUCCCUCGGGGGGAGACUUCUGAUUUACAUACACCUCGUUACGAUUCCCCUUCGAGGAGGGGAAAGCGAGAGCGUUGCGAGGAUCAGCGGCGGACCCGGUUGGGACCCCUUCGAUAAACUAGAAGAAUACGAAGCCAGGAGGAUGACCUUGGCGCGCGUUGUUAGGAUCCCGAUGCUGCUGCUGCUGCUGCUGCUGCUCGUCGUGGAUGGAUCGCGGGCGCAGGCUUAUCCUCGCGAGAUCAAGCCAGGCGACGUCGAGAAUAUGUUGCGGAGAGCCAGUGUACAAACGAACGCAGAAGCCGAGGAUGAGAAGCACGCUCACAGCUCACGUACGGAAGGUUGUCUGCACGAUGGCGUUCGAUAUGGUUCGGGAUCGGCGAUGAUAGGCUCGCGUCGAUGCGAGUACUGCUACUGCAUUUCCGGGACGAGGAGAUGCAUCCGGCCGAAGUGUCUGCUGCCACUUCCGGGCUGCACCCCGCUGUACGCGCCCCAUUCCUGCUGCCCGGUCGCUUACAACUGCACUCACUCCCAUCCGUCCACAAUGGCGCCGGUAUCGGGAAAUGGCUGUCGUGUGGGCGAGCGGACCUACGCCGAGGGCGAGAUGGUUCGCGACAUCGAAUGGAAGGCCGCGUGCGACAAUUGUUUUUGCGCGAUGGGCGCCAUACGGUGCGUUCCGCUUGCGUGCGCGCCACCGCUUCAAGGCUGCAGCCCGAUCGUGCGGGAAGGACAAUGCUGCCCGUCCACCUACAACUGCAGCGGCAGCAUCGAAGUAAAGGCCACCCAGAACUACGCGUCCUACGCCUUCAUCAGCAAGGACUACGCCAAGUUCCGCAAGGAGACCAACUACCACCCCGCGAUUGAUCAGUCGACGAGCGCGCCUGUCGAGGGACGAGGUCACCGAGUGGUCGAGGAACGAGUCAGCACCGGUGCGAUCGAUAUUGAGGAGGACACGUCCGUCACCGCUGUCGCCCCGUAUUCGACCGCCUGGCCCACGACGAUGGAAACCGACAUUAUGGACAAUGAAAUCUUGAUAGGGACCGUGGAUUAUAAAUCGACCUUGGAAGUGACGACCGUCCCCUCGACGACUACGACGAAUGAGUUGUCGAGCAAUGCUGAAUCGACAGUGGUGUUCGAGUCGACGACCAGACUCGCCGAUUCCGUCACCGACGAUUCCUGCGCGACGUGCGCGGAUCCCGCAAUCGUGACGACGACGACAACGACGGGGGAUCCGUCCGGCGCGGACAGUUCGACGAUCUCGUCGGCGGAAUGGACGACGCAAAUGCUUCCGGAAUUAAUACAUCUCGUCGAGGGUGCCGAGCGUCGAGGGGACGAGGAGAACAGAACCGCGAGCGAGAACGAAGACGAGGAAGAAGAGGAGCUCGCAAAAACGAGCGCGGAGACAAAGGCGAACGUAAUCGAGAGAAACAAAGCUGCGACGCAUCCUUUCGCAAUCUCGACGGAGAACGCGGGGGAUGUCGUCGUUCCGAACGACGAGAAAUCGCCCGAGAACUCAACGCACACCAAGAGAACGGAAGCGAUUGGCGGCAAGAGACCCGUCACCAGUCCAUCGUCGACGAUACUGAUGCCGGACGACAUUCUGGUGAUGAACGUGACGGUGAAGACGAAUGUCUCGGUGGGUCAUAUACAGGGUGUCACGAUAAAUCCAAUUAGAUCCGUCCCGCCGGACGUGGAGGCCAUCACUCAUCGCGAAAAGGCCGAGGAUUACGACUACGUCUACAGCAAGCCGACUUUGCCGCCGUCGCUGCCGAACGUCAGGAUAAUACCCUUCGUCGCGGAGGACGCAUUGGUAAAGGACAAGGAUUCGGUGGUGAUGUUUCCUGAACUACGACCGACCGACGCUUCCGGUUUUUACGACAUUGCGACCCAGGAAAACCGAUUCAGCCCACCCGUCGAGACCGAAGGAGGGUUCGUGCCCAGAGAACCGCCGUAUUUCGACGUUCCCUAUCGUUCCACGGAUUUGAAUCUCGAGAUCGGCACCGGGGUCACUGUGGUUUCGCAGAUCACGAGUCCGCAUCGAAAAACUGACGAUUUAUCUAGCAAGUGCCACUUUGAAAAUGUGGAAUACCGUCACGGCGAGAUCCUGCCGCGUGCCGGUUAUCCUCUCUGCAUAAUCUGCAUGUGUUACCACGGCAAGGUUGUGUGUUCCUCGGAAAAGUGUCCGCCAUUGAAGAUCGGUUGCCAAAGGAUCAACACGGAGAAGAGAUGUUGCGGGAAAAUCGUUUGUGUCGAAGCCGACGAAUCGCCGACGGUGGUGCUCGAUCGCGCCGACGCGACGGCGCCUUCGCAGCGGCAGCCCACGGUGUCGCCGGAUCCGUUUCGCGACGUAAUCAGGACUGAGCCGGCCCCGGACUUACCUUCUCUGAUCGAAGACAUGAUUCCUUACCUGGAACGUGGCAUCACGACUCCAAGACCGACGACGUCCAUGGGAGCGUCGAAGAUUCCGAGUCACGGCUCGGCUGGCAAUCAGUUGCUGAGCUUCGACUUCAUGGAGCAAGUGCCGCUUAUACGACCGCCCUUCGAUUACGACGAGAGACCGAUCGUCUCUCCCUAUUUGUUAAAGAUGAAGUACGGAGCUAACCGCGAAGUGCUCCCGAAGGAUACGGUCUCGUUAACGCACGAUUCCGAAAAUCAACGACCGGAUCGCAAGCCCGAAACUCCGGGAGUGUUCGGUUACGAAAGGCCGUUGACAUUCAAUCGCACGAACGACAAUUCGAAGAACGAUCCCUCUCGUACUAUUAUCACGGAAAGGAUCGCGAAGGACAACGCGUCCAGGAUCGACGAGGGCUCGAAAUCGACGAUCGUAUCGCGAAGAAAUCUCACAGGCGAAGCGGACAAUCGCGUCACGAAGCACGAAGACAAGAAGAAGAUCGCCGAGGAUGUCAAAGACGACGACAUUUACUCUCUGGAUUCCGUUAUCAAACUGUUAUUUCCGACGAACAGCAGUUCCGACGUCAAGCCGAUCGAAACCACGAGAACGCCGGUAGUUUCGAUCGGACCGAGCGAGACGCGGGAGGAGAAUCCGGAGACUCUCGUCGCCUCAUCGACGUCGACGAGCACGUUGAGGACGGAACUUCUCCCCACAGCGCGGACGGAAACCGUCGAGACGUCCUCGAAGGUCCUCGACAAUGAGAUAUCAACGUCUGUGAGCAGUACGCUGACGGUGGCCGGUUGCAAUAUAUACGGGCGGAUGUAUCGCGUGGACAGAAUCAUCACCGAGCUCUCGAGUGCCUGCCUCGAGUGCAGAUGCACGAAAAUUGGUGUCCAGUGCAAACAGCUGGAAUGUUGA